GUCCAUGGUAAUGGUGGUGUCACAAUUACACUAUGCCACUUCUGACUUCACUCUAGUUUCCUACUUUGAAGAUUUCUCUAACUUGAACGGUUGAACCAACGAAUAAAGUAUAGUGUACUAAAAAGAGAUUAAAGAUGCGACUUCAUAAAGUUUACCAUCGUCUUUCUUCUCUUCCCUUCACCAUUCAUAACAAUUAUCAUCUUUCUUCUUCUUGUCAUCGUUUUACUCUUUCUCCACCUUCAUUCCUCUCCUUUUCUCCCUUCAAAUUUUCAUUAAAGUCAACUUCCCACAAUUCUAGGACUGUUUCUGGGAAGCCUUUGGGCUCUACAAUGAGUAGACUUCAAGCAGUUUCUGGGGAAAAUGUUUCUGUUGGUGGUUUUAAUGGGUCUGCUUCUGUAUCCGAUUAUGAAGAUGAUUUGGCUACUAGUGUUGGAUAUCAACUACCUCCACCUGAGAUAAGAGACAUUGUUGAUGCGCCUCCAUUGCCCGCAUUGUCGAUUUCACCCCAUAGGGAUAAAGUUUUAUUUCUAAAGCGAAGAUCUUUAACUCCUCUUAUAGAUCUUGCUAGACCAGAAGAAAAGCUUGCAGGUGUUCGAAUUGAUGGAAAAAGCAAUUCACGAAGUCGAAUGUCAUUUUACACAGGGAUUGCUAUCCAUCAAUUGACAAGUGAUGGUACUCUUGGUCCAGAAAAAGAGGUACAUGGCUUACCUGUUGGUGCAAGGAUCAAUUUUGUUACCUGGUCCAAUGAUGGUCAGCAUUUAGCGUUUAGUGUCCGGGUUGAUGAGGAUUAUGGUGGCAUCGGCAAGCUUCAGUUAUGGGUUGCCAAUGUAGAAAGUGGACAAGCAAAACCUUUGUUUAACUCGGAAGAUAUCUAUGUAAAUGCUGUGUUCGACAACUUUGUUUGGGUGGAUGACUCUACUUUAUUGGUUUGUACCAUUCCAUCAUCUCGUGGAGAUCCACCGAUGAAGCCUCUAGUCCCACCAGGUCCUAAGAUUCAAUCGAAUGAGCAAAAGAAUACUAUACAACUUAGAACCUUUCAGGAUCUACUAAAGGAUGAAUAUGAUGAAGAUCUGUUUGAUUAUUACGCAACUUCACAACUCGUGAUGGUCUUUUUGAAUGGAACCGUGAAACUCUUUGGGCCACCAGCUGUGUACACAUCAUUGGACCCAUCACCGGAUCAAAAAUACAUAAUGAUAAGUUCGAUCCACCGGCCAUACUCUUACAUAGUACCUUGUGGAAGAUUUCCGAAGAAGGUUGAAGUAUGGACGGCUGAGGGAAAGCUUGUGAGACAACUCUGUGAUUUGCCUUUGGCAGAGGAUAUUCCUAUUGCUCAUAAUAGUGUGCGGAAAGGGAUGCGUUCGAUCAAUUGGAGAGCUGAUAGACCUUCAGAUAUUUACUGGGUGGAGACACAAGAUGGAGGUGAUGCAAAGGUGGAAGCUUCCCCUCGAGAUAUCAUUUAUACGCAAUCUGCUGAAUCAAGUGAAGGCGAAGAACCCACCAUCUUACAUAAACUUGAUCUUCGAUAUGGGGGAAUAUCCUGGUGUGAUGAUUCUCUAGCUCUAGUGUACGAGUCUUGGUAUAAAACGCGGCGAUUAAAAACUUGGGUGAUAUCUCCUGGGAGAGAAGAUGUCGGUCCACGUAUAUUAUUUGAUAGGUCCUUUGAAGAUGUAUAUUCUGAUCCUGGUUCUCCCAUGUCACGAAGAACUCCAGAUGGAACAUAUGUCAUUGCAAAGAUUCGGAAGGAAGAAGAUGAUACAACUUAUUUAUUGCUGAAUGGUAAUGGUGCUACACCUGAAGGAAACAUACCUUUUCUCGAUUUGCUGGACAUUAAUACAGGCAACAAAGAAAGAAUAUGGCAGAGUGACAAGAAAAAGUAUUAUGAGACGGUGGUUGCCUUGAUGUCCGAUCAAAUUGAAGGGGAUAUAUUUCUUAACCAAUUGAGAAUACUUACUUCAAAGGAAUCAAAAACCGAGAACACCCAGUAUUUCGUGCAAAGUUGGCCGGAUAAGAGGCCGUUCCAAAUUACGAACUUCCCGCACCCUUAUCCUCAACUAGCUUCGUUACAUAAAGAAAUGAUCAAGUACCAACGUAGUGACGGGGUGCAGCUUACUGCUACAUUAUACUUGCCCCCGGGGUAUGACUCCUCUAAAGAUGGACCUCUUCCAUGUCUCGUCUGGUCAUAUCCCGGAGAAUUUAAAAGUAAAGAUGCCGCUGGGCAAGUUCGCGGUUCUCCCAACGAGUUUGCUAGCAUAGGUCCCACCUCGCCCCUUCUCUGGUUGGCUAGAAGGUUUGCUGUUUUGUCGGGACCUACCAUUCCUAUCAUUGGCGAGGGUGAUGAAGAAGCUAAUGACCGGUAUGUAGAACAACUCAUUGCUAGUGCCGAGGCUGCUGUGCAAGAAGUUAUCCGACGAGGGGUUGCUCAUCCGGACAAGAUAGCUGUUGGAGGUCACUCUUAUGGAGCAUUCAUGACUGCAAACCUUUUGGCACAUGCUUCUCAUCUUUUCUGCUGUGGAAUUGCUCGAUCCGGAGCAUAUAAUCGAACUCUAACACCAUUUGGAUUUCAGAAUGAGGAUAGAACACUUUGGGAGGCGACAAACACUUAUAUAGAAAUGAGCCCUUUUAUGUCGGCUAGUAAGAUCAAGAGGCCCAUUUUGCUUGUUCAUGGAGAACAAGAUAACAACUCAGGAACAUUGACAAUGCAGUCGGAACGAUUCUACACCGCUUUGAAGGGUCAUGGAGCCCUUUGCCGAUUAGUAAUUCUUCCUUAUGAGAGUCAUGGGUAUUCGGCUAGAGAGAGCAUCAUGCAUCUUCUUUGGGAGACAGACCGGUGGCUGCAAAAGCAUUGCGUUUCAAAUACCUCUAAAAUUAAUGCAGAUGCUACCUCCCUUAAGAAAGACGAGGGCGAAGGAAAUCCCGAUAACAAAGUGAUAUCUGCAACCGGUAGUGGUGUUGCCGAAAUGGAGGAACCAACGGAUGGAGGUUGUUCUUUUCCAAGGUCUUCGUUAUGAAUGCAUUUGGCGCACCUACACGAACUCGCGUGUUUGAGCAUGUCGAGAACUCCCUGGCGAGAAGAACAUGUGCGCGUUGACGAUUCAAAACAAUGGUCCAGCAUAGGUUCCGUGAAAGAUGAUCUCCGGCAUUAUUUCACUUUGCUACAUUUGCUUUGCUGGGUCAAGGUUGUCCUUGGCACUGACUCGACAUUCUUGAAGAGAAAUAAAAAUUUAAGUACAUGACAUUGUUUUUAUUGAGGUGUGAUUUAUUGGUCAAAAGUGCAAACUAAAAUAUAUUGUUUAUUGGGUUUACUAUUAGGUUGUAAAAUGCCACAAUGAUAUUUGAACGUUUAUGAUAAGAUUAUAUGAAUUUGUUGUACGAAUAUCGACAUUUUUAUACUUUUGUGUCCCCGAUGAUUUUGCUUUAUUUUACAAUUUAUAUUAUUUACUCUUCCGUUUCUUUUCAAAUGUCAUAUUUGCUUUUUGAGUGCUAUUUUGCAAUUAUUCUUAAUUUGUAAAUUUCUUCUUAAUCUAUAUCUAUAAAUUAAUACAUAGUCAAAUGGAAUGUUGUUUGAUUCAUCUCAACAUAAGGUGUAUUAAUGUCUAUUUUUUAUAAUUUUUAAUUAUGCACAAUUAGAGAUAUUAAAGAUUAAAUUAGUGCAUUAGUAAACGUGUAAAUUGCAAAUAGAACAUUUAAAAAGCAAAGAAAGAAGCAGAUUACGUAAGAAGAGAGAUUGAUUUUGUGGUUAUGAUAAGUUGAGAUAAUAUGGUCAAUGAUCAAUGAUCUAUAUACAUUCAACAAUAUUUCAAAUAAGAUUAGUGUCUGCUCAUGCAAAUGAUCAAAUCCCAUCUUGUACAGUCGAUAAGAAAUAGAAAAGAAAAGAAAAUUGCGUCCUUUGGCUCGAUCCAGAGCUGCAUCGUCCAGAAGGUACAAACAACCUCAUCAAGGACAACGGAAACCUGCAUCGC